AUGGUGCGCAUCGCAGUGGCGGGUCUGUCGCGCCUAGGCGUCCCAUUGAUGCAUGCGUGCGCCGUGCGCACGGGCAUGGCAGGGCCAUGUGGUGUUGCCAUGAUGCGCGCUCAGAUCCCGAUGGCGCGACCGGUGGCGCCCCUGACGGCGUUGUUCCGUGCCUCGCUGCACACGUCUCGUGUGGUGAUGGACAAGAAGCCAGCGCGCCAGAGCAGUGGCGUGCUAUCGCAAGUUGUAUCGGCUCUGCGUGAUAUGGCAUCGUCGCGGCCUACGCAGGGCAAGUCAUCGCAGUACCCGGCGGUGCGUCGUUUGAUGGAGCUGAUGCGGCCCGAGCUGCGGGGCAUUGUGCUGGCCCUAGGUCUGCUCUUGAUAGCGUCGCUCGUAUCGCUUUCGGUGCCUUUUACUAUCGGCAAGGUCGUCGACUUUUUCUCGCAGCCUGACGCCCGAUUCCCGUUCGGCCUCACGAUGCCGACGGUCGCUACGUUGUUGCUGUGUGUCUUUGCCACCGGUGCGUUGGCGCGUGCGAGCUCGAAUAUCCUGCUGGAGCUGACGGGUGUGCGUGUGAUUCAGCGGAUUCGCGAGCGGGCGUUCAGCAAUGCGCUGCGCCAGGAUGUGUCGUUUGCCGACAAGGGCGCGGGCGACACUGUCAGUCGGAUCAAUAUGGACUGCAAUUUGGUGGGUGGGGCGAUCACGACGGAUCUGGCGGAUGGUCUGCGCUCGACGGUGACGGUCCUGGCGUCGUGCUCGGCCAUGUUUUACAUAUCGACGAAGCUCACGCUCGUCAUGAUGCUUGUGAUUCCGCCUGCCGCGCUGUGCGCCGCCUAUUACGGCCGAUUCCUGCGUAAUCUGACGAACAAGACGCAGGAUGCCGUGGGUGUGAUGACUCGCACGGCUGAGGAGCGCUUGUCUCCUGCGGCGUUCCGUACGAUUUCGGCGUCGGGCACGCAGCGCGCGGAGGAAAAGCGCUUUGACGCUCGUGUUCAGGAGAUUGCCGCGCUGCAGACCAAGGAGGCGUACGCGGGCGGUAUUUUCCACUCUGGUCUGGGCUUUGUGGGGAACUGUACGAUCGUGACGCUGCUCACGUACGGCGGUCAUCUCGUGAGUUUGGGGCAGUUGACGGUGGGUGAUUUGACGUCGCUGCUGAUGUACACGGCGUAUCUGGGUGGCGGUUUGAUCCUCAUGACGAACUUUUUCACGUCGCUGAUGAAGGGCGUCGGUGCGGGUGCGCGUGUGUUUGGCCUGCUGGAUCAGCAGCCGCGGAUCCCGCUGGGCCAAGGUGUGAAGCUGGACGUGGCGAGCAUGGACCGCCGCGGCGCUCGCAUCCAGUUUGACGACGUCCACUUCCGGUACCCGAGCCGUCCUGAAAAGGCGGUGCUGAAUGGCGUGAGCCUCGACAUCCAGCCAGGCACGAGUGUGGCUCUUGUUGGCAGCUCGGGCGCAGGCAAGUCGUCGGUGCAUGCGCUGCUGCUGCGUUUCUACGAGCCUGACUCGGGACGCGUUAUGAUGGAUGGCCGCGAUAUUCGCACGUACACGCCUGAAUCGCUGCGCUCCGUCAUGAGCGUCGUGCCGCAGGAGCCGGUGCUGUUCGAGGGCACGAUUGCGUUCAACAUUGGCUACGGCACGCCUCAUGCGACGCGUGAGCAGAUUGAGCGAGCGGCUCGUGCGGCGCACUGCCUCGAGUUUGUGCGGACGCUGCCGCAGGGCUUUGACACGGUGAUUGGGCCGCGUGAGCUGAGUGGCGGACAGCGGCAGCGCAUUGCGAUUGCACGUGCGCUGGUGCGUGAGCCGAGUGUCCUGCUGCUGGACGAGGCGACGUCGGCGCUGGACUCGGCGUCGGAGCUGCUGAUCAACGAGGCGAUCACGUCGAUUAUCAACGAGGGCCGCACGACCGUGUGGAUCGUUGCGCACCGCCUCAGUACCGUGCGUGCGGCUGAUACCAUCAUGCUGCUGGAAGAUGGCCGCAUUGCCGAGCAGGGUACGUUUGAGCAGCUGGAUCAGCCAGGCACGCGGUUCCGGGCGCUGAUGCAGUCGCAGCUGACGGCGCCGCCGCCGCCCGCCCCAGCGGCGGUGCCGGAUGGCAGGCGGGCGUACAGCACGGCCGCUUGCCGUCGACACGUCCCGGCCGCGCCCGUUUGGAGUGUGCGCGAAGCGACGCAGGCGGCUGACACGGCGCCGCUGCUUGACCCGGCGCGUCUCGCGCACAUGCACCGCCUGGCAGCUCUGCCGCAGCCGGCUACGGCGGAGGAGAUGGAGCGUCUGCGUGCGGAGCUGGAGCCGCUGGUGGCCGUGAUGCACUCGACGCAGGCGACGGGCGAGUAUGAUGCGGUGCCUGAGACGGCGUGGUCCGGCUGGCGCGCGACGGACGAGGCGCCACUCACACGCAGCGAGCUGGAGGCGGGCGGGGGCCACUGGCGCGCCGGCUAUGUGGUGUCAUCGAAGUAG